AUGAAUUUAUCAUUAAUCAACUUAAUCUUUGAACAGAAAUGCGGGCGAGUGGAUGAACAAAUAGUGUUGCUGAAGCAGAAGCUUAGAAUGAUUUUUAAAGGAGAAGCGUUCAAUGGAAAACCUACAAAAACUGCUCGAUCCCAUGGCAAGAAGUUUCAAGUGUCCGUUAAACAAGAAACUUCAAAGAUUUUGGGCAAUUUGGGCUGGGCCUACAUGCAAAAAUCAAACUUCAUGGCUGCAGAGGUUGUGUACAAGAAAGCCCAAAUGAUCGACCCAGAUGCAAAUAAGGCUUAUAACUUGGGCCUUUGCCUAAUGAAACAGGCCCGUUAUAAAGACGCCCAACUAGUCCUUCAAGAGAUUGUCAACCGUCAGUUUGACAGAGCUGAGGACGUAAGGGCGGGUAUUCGGGCCCGAGAACUAUUGAUGGAAUUGGAAACAUGGCGGCAACCUCCAUCCGGUUCACCAGAGGAGCUCCCGGACUUGGAUCUAGAUGAUGACUUUGUUGACGGGCUUGAGAGAUUAAUGAAUGUAUGGGCCCCCAAUAAGUCAAAAAGGCUACCAAUAUUUGAAGAAAUGGAGAAAUUUAGGGAUCAAUUACAAUCAGCUUGUUAAAAUUUUCAUAGUUUCGGUUCAUAUUAUUUGGGGUUUUGUUGUUUGGGGUAUUUAUGAAAUAAUUGAGCAUGGGCCCAUGUUGUAAUUUGCCAAAUGGGUAUUCAAUACUUGUAUGUAAUUUGUAAGAAAUUUUUUAAUUAUUUGAUGAAAAGAGUGGUAUUUUUUUUUUG